AUGGCACCCGCGUCAACGCUUCAACACAACAUUGAGAACGUUCCCAAGAUCAGAAUGGGACAACAAGGCAGCACAGAUUCCAAUGAUGAUCAGAACAAGCGGAAGCGGGGAAAUGACGACGACGAAGAAGACAGAGCAGCAAAGAAGUCCAAGGCCGACAACGAUCCAUCGAAUAUCUCUAAUGGCGCUUCGUCCAAUGUACCCGCCCCAGUGGAGAGACUCAUCCCAGUGGUUGAUCCUACAAAUGCGAUCGGCCUGAUCAUCGAUCCUGCGCCGAUUCCAGAAGACAAGAUGAGGCUUAAGAUGGUUCACUUCUCCGAUCUUGUCCUCAAUACAGCCGCGAAUGGAGCCGCUAUCCCAGGCGUACCAAAGUACAGAGCAUCCUACGACGACCUUUUCGACCACGAUAGCGACGACAUCAUGUUCGAAAAAGCCGGGCCAGUCAUGUCAUUGUUCAUACCAGGAGAUGCCCAGAGGCCAGAUGCCGAUCAUCAUGUUAUGAUUUGCGCUGUACGAUGUUGUCAACAUUGCUUGGAUGCACCGAAUUCUAAGAUGUCCUCACCUUUGACCACAUUGGAUACGGGUAACAUCUACCAAGGGCUACCUUUUGUGCACAGUACCGACCGUAUGAUAUCAURGGACGAAAAUGGCACGAAAGCUCCAGUAUUYCAACCUCACUGGUCCAUUAACCUCCUAUCUGUCUUUAAAACACCGCCUAGAGCAAGGAUUGGCUACGUGUUGUUCUACGAAGGUGGCGAAGGCUUUGCUCAGCAGUCCAUGAUCUGUGAGCCCGCAAUGUGUCCUAAAUGCAGACCAAACGACGAGAUGGAGCUACAAAUGGCUCAUCGAAGGGACUUGAAAUCUAUUCGGGAUGGUUCAUUCUCCGCUAGUAGAGCAGGCCCAUCGACAAGCUUUCAAUGCACUUCUCAAGACUUGUUUGGCAGAGAUAACACUUUCUACCAUUCUGGAGGACCAGGCCUUAGGAUACAUGUCCUCGAUGGAUCCUACGAUACCGAUGUGAUGGUCUGCCAAUAUCAGGUUUGCUCUUAUUGUGGUGACGAGAGCAGAGAUGCGCGAACGCCCAAUGCCUAUAGACUUCCCUUUGUGCACGGCAAAGAGUGCACUGAUAAUCUCACAACCGGAGAGUUGGAUUUCACUCCCUCAGUACACAAAGAGUUGGACAAGGGCGGAGAAUACAAGAUGGAGCGUGGAAUGGUUCGAUACAACGAAAGGGGAACAGAAAGAAGGAAAAGGGGCAUCAUUAGCGCCGUCUGCGUCGUUGCGAGUUGUUCCAUUUGUAGCCAGGCAGAUGUGCAGCCUGUGAAAGAAGUUAUCACGAUCGAUGAUGAUGAUGAUGGAACUGAUUCGAGUCUUUCCGAGCUUACUUCGGGGGAAUCCUCGGCAAACGAUACCUCAACUGGAGCAGCACAGCCUAACACACCCAACGCUGCUCCUUCGGGCGGUCAGGAAGAUGAAGACGACUCUCCUGCCGACGGCGACAAUAACGGCGAUGCAGCCGUGAAUGAUCUCCUGGCGGAUGACAACCAGGAAGCCCCUGAGACAGGUCCAGUUGGACAGUCGACGACURGAAAAGACGCUACAAGGCUUGGGAGCCAAGCAGCGCCGCAAAACGGGACUUCGAUAGCGUCAACGGCAGGACAAACUCAAGCAUUACCUCAAGCUCAGCAGGCUGGUCCUGCUGCCGCAGUCACCGCUCCAGUAGCCCCAGGACCAACCUUUGCAUUCAGGAUGUGCCAUUUAAAACAUCUUGACUUCCGUUCAACUGGCGUAUAUUGGAACAUCCCACGUGGAGAAUCGAUAUCAACCGACAACGGCGGCUAUUUCGUCGCCAACAAUUGGAUAAGCCGAAAAUACGGCGGCCCUACCUAUCGAGUGACAUUCCCAGACGGCACGCAGCAGGAUGUCAUGGCCGAUCGGCGGCAUAGAUGCAAUACGUGUAGGAAGAGAGGGCCAGUUCGUAGUGGCAAUUCGAACAAUGGUAUGCCUUUUGCUCAUCGACGGGAGCUGGUUCUUGWCCCUGCGACGCAAAUUCGAACUUUUACGCCGAUGCAUUGGGAUGCAUAUGGCUUUUUACGGGAUGGUACGCCUGUUGCGACUGUCUCUGCGACGUUUUCGCGUGCUGGUCCUGGUGGAGCGACGGCUAUUUCGACGCAAUGGGAGACCUGUACGAGUGGCAAUUGUACCGAUUGUGACGAGGCGGACGCUGCCGAGGCAGCUGCGGCAGCAGCGUAA